AAGACAGUGCACGUGAUGUGAGGCUGUGACUUGUGAGCUCGAAUAUGUGAGCCGUUUGUCGGCAUGUACUGUGGACACAAAGGAAAAAAAGUAUGUGCAAAAGAAAUACAGUAGGGAAAAUUAUUGGCAUCUUGUGGUGCCAAAUCGGAGGUCAUUGUUACGGAGACGUGAUUCUCUUUGUUGCACCACUUUCAUAACUGUGAAAUCAGAACAAAACUAAAUAAAAAAAUCCUGCCAGCAGUGUUGUAGGCCCUUGUACCCUUUGUUGAGCCUUUGAAGGCCAUCCAUUGUCGGCUAUAUAUAAGCGAUCUUGUUCAUCGUCCUGACUGAAAAACUUCUCACACUCAGAAUUUGCUAGUUCUUCUGACCACUAGUGCCAUGGCAACUGGAUCCACCAUCAUAGGAAAAGGUCGUUUCGUCGUUCGCAGUUACGGAACUGCUAACACCAAUACAGAUAAAACCGACAACGAUCCAGGAGACGGCCAUGAGGAGCAGCCCUUUGUCACUGACAAGAAGGAGAAUGACCUGAGCGGCUACGAGCGCAAUCUCUACCUCUACCAUGAGGAGACCGAAGAAGGCCGUCCCAGGGUGGCGACGCUGGUUAGCUCGCUGGCCAACUACAGCGCCACGGUCCAAGCCCCAACGGAUCCGGACUCGACUGAUAAGCCAAAGAGCUCUCCCAAACUGGGCACGCUGGCCGGCGUCUACUUCCCUUGCAUGCAGAACAUCUUCGGCGUCAUCCUCUUCAUCCGAAUGACGUGGAUUAUCGGAACAGCCGGCGUCAUCCAGGGAUUUUGCAUCAUCACCAUGUGUUGCACCUGCACUAUGUUGACGGCCAUUAGUAUGAGUGCUAUUGCAACGAACGGGGUCGUGCCGGCGGGAGGUCCCUACUUUAUGAUCUCCCGCAAUUUGGGUCCCGAGUUCGGCGGCGCUAUAGGCCUCCUCUUCUUCAUCGGAACGACAUUCGCUGCCUCCAUGUACAUCGUUGGUGGCAUUGAAAUUCUGGUGAAUUACAUCGCGCCUCAAAUCGCCCUGUUUGGUGAUCCGGCCAAAGAUCCGGAGGUCUUGUACAACAAUUUACGGUUGUACGGGACGGCCCUGUUGUUCAUCAUGGGUGUAGUGGUGUACAUCGGCGUCAAGCCCGUGAGUAAGGCCGCCCCGUUGGUCUUGCUUUGCGUCAUCCUCUCCAUCAUCUCCAUCUACGUCGGCAUCGGUCUCAACUGGAACGGUUCCGAUAAGCUGUGGAUGUGUUUGCUGGGCAAUCGAUUACUAUCUCAAGAACAUUCUGGCAAUUGUACGAAAGAGGAAGGAUCGGCAUUAUGGAACCUCUACUGCAAAUAUCAAGACGAAUUGGUUGAAGGUGUCACAACUCUCGGUGCAAAUCUGACCAGCAGGGUAGUGAAAUGCGAUCCUUAUUUCCUUUCGCACAACACCUCGCUCGUUCCAGGCAUCCGUGGAUUGGCCAGCGGCGUUUUCAUUGAAAACCUUGGGGCUUGGCAUUUGUCAGACGGGCAGGUAGUGGCAAGAACCAUGAACCCAGUGGACAUUGAGACCCUGGACCAGCCAACUUACAAUCAGGUGUUAGCUGAUAUUUCCACAUCGUUCACCUUAUUGGUUGGCAUUUACUUCCCUAGCGUCACCGGUAUCAUGGCCGGCUGCAACCGUUCGGGCGACUUGGCCGAUGCUCAACGCUCUAUCCCCAUCGGAACUAUUUGCGCCAUUUUGACAACCAGUUUCGUUUACAUCAGCGCCGUCUUCCUGUUUGGUGCCUCGUUCGACGGACUCCUCAUGAGAGACAAGUUUGGAACAAGUGUGGGAGGCAGUUUAGUGGUCGCCAAUUUAGCGUGGCCCAAUGAAUGGGUCAUUCUGAUCGGCAGUUUUAUGGCCACGACGGGUGCUGGCCUGCAAAGUCUUAUUUCAGCACCUCGGCUCCUUUAUGCCAUUUCCAAAGAUAAUUUAGUGCCCAUGCUUAACCCAUUCUCAGUCCUAUCGGCUUCUGGGGAACCCACUCGGGCCCUCAUGCUCACUCUGGCCAUUUGCCAGUUUGGAGUCCUACUGGGCAACGUCGACAUCCUCGCCCCGCUGCUCUCCAUGUUCUUCUUGAUGCUCUACGGAUUCAUCAAUUUAGCCUGUGCCCUGCAGACACUUUUGCGAACGCCCAAUUGGCGACCCCGAUUCAAAUACUAUCAUUGGUCGUUGUCUUUUAUCGGAGCGUCGCUGUGCGUGGCCGUCAUGUUCAUGUCCAGUUGGCUCUAUGCUCUCAUCGCCAUUGCCCUGGCCACCAUCAUCUACAAGUACAUCGAAUAUCGCGGUGCCGAGAAGGAGUGGGGAGACGGGAUAAGCGGCCUGGCCCUGAGUGCCGCCCGCUUUAGUUUACUUCGGCUCGAAGAGGGUCCGCCCCACAUCAAAAAUUGGCGUCCACAGAUCCUGACCCUAUGCAAAAUGAAUGCCUAUCACACACCGAAACAACGCAAACUGUUGGCUCUCGCUUCGCAGUUGAAAGCUGGCAAGGGAUUGGCUGUCGCCUCUUCCAUCCUCCAAGGUGACGUCGCUUUGUGCGCUGAAGAAGCAGUCACUGCCAAACAAAAUUUGCGCAAAGCCAUGGAUGAUGAGAAAGUGAAAGGAUUCGCCAACGUACUCGUUGCCAAGGAUGUUGGCCAAGGCAUCGUUCAUCUGAUCCAGACGACCGGCCUCGGUGGAUUAAAACCCAACACGGUGAUCUUUGGCUGGCCAAACGAGUGGCGACAGAGUAUGGAGGAGGAUCGAUCGUGGCGCGUCUUUGUCGACGCCAUUCACGCCACGGCGGCCAACAAGAUGGCGCUGGUGGUGCCCAAAGGAAUCGCUUCCUUCCCGGAGUCCAACGAGAAGAUAUACGGGCAUAUCGACGUUUGGUGGGUCGUUCAUGAUGGUGGUUUGCUGAUGUUGCUGCCCUUCUUAUUACGUCAGCAUCGCACGUGGCGUCACUGCAAGAUGCGUCUCUUCACGGUCGCCCAGCUAGAAGAUAAUUCCAUUCAAAUGAAGAAAGAUCUAAAGACAUCGCUUUACAAUCUGCGUAUCGACGCUGAAGUUGAAGUUGUCGAAAUGAUGGAUAGCGACAUCUCGGCUUAUACUUACGAACGGACUCUGGUGAUGGAACAGCGCAAUCAAAUGCUGAAGGAGAUGCAACUCAACAAGCGAGAGUCAUCUGGCGUGAGUGCAGAGGUCGGUGAGGUACAAGCCGUAGUGGAUCAGCAUCGGCACAAUGUCAAGGUUCGAUUCCAAGAUGAAACAGCUGUACAACAUCAACCUGAAGCGGAAAGUGUAAAGGAAGUUAAAGUGGAACAGUCAGCUGAAUCAGCCGCAGCAGUGACUCCAUCUGGCGAUGCUUUACCUGCCAGUGAUAAUUCUGCCCAGAAAAAUGCUGUCGUUAUCCCAACCGUUUCGGUUGAAGCUCCACCACCAAGUCCAACGUCUUCCGAACGUGUUGAACAGCAACGUCCCACUCCCGUUGCUAAGAGCAAGAAGGAGACUCUGCAGGAGCCGGAUGCGGACAACGUCCGACGGAUGCACACGGCCGUCAAGCUCAAUGAAGUCAUUGUCCAGCGGUCGCACGAUGCUCAACUGGUCGUGCUCAAUUUGCCAUCGCCGCCCAAGCAAACCCGCCAAUCAGGAGGCUCGAACUACAUGGAGUUUUUAGAAGUGUUAACAGAGGGUCUAGACCGAGUCCUCAUGGUAAAAGGAUGCGGGCGUGAAGUUGUUACUAUCUAUUCUUAGAAUCGCAGAAGCAUCGAGGAGAGCGUGCUCCAACACAAAGCGUCAAGUGCUAGACAGAUCUGUGUUCUCAGUGGAAACAAAUGGAUCGAACGAAUGCACUUUGACAUGUCGCUUACUCAUGCCUCAUCUCCAUUUCUCCGCAAUUCUCACCAUUGUUUGGCGAAUUCACGAUCGACUUUGCCGGGUUCUUUUUUGGUUUGUGGAUUUUUUUAAGCCGGGGGGGUUCUUUCACUAUCGUGAAAUCUUACGUUCCAAGGUUUCGUUCUCAUCGUCAGUACUGACGUUCACUAUUUAUUUAUUUAUCCAAUUUUGUGUGUUUGCGUGAAUGCGUGUGCGGCAUUGUUUUCGAUGAUCCUUUUUUUUAUGUCCAUUGCUAAUUCAUUUGCCAAUUGCGCAUUCUCGGGCAUAGGGUUUUUUGGGGAUUAUUAUUGGACACUGGUUGCUUUUUGUCCACCGGUAUUUGUUACGGUGAAUAAUUUGUUUUCAUUUUUUUUUUAUAUCGACAUUGCUAGGGUCAUUAACUCUCUACGUCGUUAGUCAGACUUCUACUAAUGGUCUAUUGUUAUAAGAAUUUUCGUGGAAAUCAUUUCCAUUUGGGCAAAAAGAAAAUUCAUGUUUCAUUUCGUUACUUUUUCAUAUGAAAAAUAGGUUGAUCGUUCCGAAACUGUAAAGGCAUAACAGGAUGAAAACACUUCAUCGAAUUGAUUCUUCUACAUUAGGAAGCAAAACCAAUCCAAAUGUCAGAGUUAGGCAAAAAUGCUGAAAUUAUCGUGUCGUUAAA